GAAGCGCUGGGUCCGACGAUUGCCUUCACGACUCUAGCUACACUCGUCGUUGCCUUGCGAUGGUAUACGAGAGCGUGUUUGGUACAACGCCUGGGCAAGGACGAUUACGUGAUUCUGAUAUCGCUGGCAAUCGCGAAACUCAUAGUGGCCUUGAAUACGCUCUGGUCAAUACUCGUCAACAUCACCAAAGCAUCUAUCUUGGCCCAAUACUUGCGGAUUUUCGAUGGCACAUGGACCAGAAGAAGCUGCUACUUCAUUUUGUUUCUACUUCUGCCUGCGACUGCUUGGGGCAUCUUUGGAGGCAUCUUCUUAUGCACACCUACGGCAAAGAUCUGGGAUCCUCAGAUACCGGGCCACUGCCGAAGUGCUCAAACAUAUUGGUCGUCCGUUGCCGCCAUUGACAUCUUUCUGGAUUUUUGGACUCUCGUCCUGCCAAUGCCAUCAAUUGCAGGGCUUCACUUGCCACGAAAACAGAAGAUCGCUACCAUGCUCGCCUUCCUUCUUGGCUUUGUGGUAUGUAUAGUCGGAGUCGCUCGUAUGGCUACGGUUUUGGCAACCUCUGCUCGAGGAGAUUAUAUCCUUUCCGGUGUAUGGGCCAUUAUCUGGUCUAGUGUUCAAGGCAAUAUCAGCAUCAUUUGUGCCUCCAUCCUCUCCUUGAAGGCGCUGGUCACAAGAAUGUUCCCAAGGUUGCCUCAGCUACAGUAUGCGGCCUCUACAUCCAAUCGGAAUUUUGGA